CAAAUAAAAGUUAUACGAUGUUGAUAUGGUGUUUUAAUGGUAUUUCAGUUUGAACCUAUAUUUCUUUAUUAUCGUUGAAAAUUCCGAUCCACCACUGCACCGUCAGUGUCCUAAAAUAGUGUACAACUGUACAUCAAACCUUUAGUUAACCUUUAUUCAAAGUUGACCGAAUUACUAAUUGGACAGUAUUCCAUCAAGCGCGCGAAAGAUACCAUUAAAUUCUAUCGUGUUUAACCUGCGAUCCCAAAUUAUAGUUUUACGCCAAGUGUAAUUUCCAAUAAUAAUGUCGUUAUUAUUACAGACAUCGACCUAAUUUCCUAUUUUCCGUCAGUGCAUAAAUACCUUUCGACGCGAUAUAAUACAUUUACCUGAUCAUUGUUAAAGUAUCGAAACUUUUUAGCGUAGUAGUUUCAUAAAUAAUUCUUCGUUAAAUUGUUCUAACUCUGGUUAAUUUUUAAAAACCUUUCUUCGAGGACUUAGUUUAAUAACACGUAUCGACUGCAUCAUUGGCAGGUGUAACCAUUCCCAUACUAUGCGCAAAGCCGCUUCCAAGGCAUUCAUCGUGGGCCAAUUAACGGGCACUUUUUCAAGACCUCUCUAGACUAUCAGACGCAAUGUAUGUGAUAUUACUAAGAGACACACGAACUUUUAUUUCAAGUGUCGAUUGAAAUGGGAGAAACGUAUACUAUGAAUGUAUGAAAACUUUGGGAUUUACUUUCACUCCCAAGAUGCGGAAAUUCUACAUAAGAAAACCCCGGAAGGCUAUACUGGUCGUGCUGUCAGCUUUACUCUUCACCACUUUGUUUUCCACAGCAUUAAUGAACUCUUCUUGGGCAACGGAUUUAUAUCUCGUGUAUUGGAUGCCGUUGGAGAACGUAUCUUGUCACUACAUUGACCACGACGACGACAUGUUGGCAUCAGCUGAUGAUCUCGAAUUCCCGGCGCGUUCCGUAUUUUUUCAUGAGACAUCUUGCAAUGGUGCUGGUUUAGAUUCCCGCCAAGCUUGCUCGGUGGAGUCUGCGGCUCGGGCCCACCCUCAUUGGAGCAUUAACGUGCUGUUCACAGCGCCCGGAACAAAUGAAACGCUUGGAAAGUCUAAAAAGCUUCUUCAGGAGUUAGGGAAUGUCAAAUUCUACAGGAUUCAUCUGACGAAAUAUGCGAAGGGGACUCCUUUGGAGGACUUUGUAGCCAAAGGAGCUCUAAACAGGACGAGGUGGCGUAUCUCGCACACUUCUGACGUGCUAAGGUACUUGACCCUAUUCAAAUGGGGCGGAGUGUAUUUGGAUCUCGAUGUCGUGGUGGCGAAACCGUUCAAUGGCCUGGCGAGAAAUUGGGCAGCCAGGGAGAGUGAAGAUUCGGUUGCCGCGGGAGCAAUGGCAUUCUCGAGGGACCGCGUGGGGAGAACGAUGGCAGAAGCGACGAUAAGGUUUGUGUCUGACAAUAAUAUUGUUUAUAGAAAACCAACACGCUAAUUGUCCAACUUCAUCAACUAUCAUCAUAAUCAGCCGAUGGACGCCCACUGCUGGACGUUGGCCUUCUAUAGGGAUUUCCAAACACAACGAUCCUGCGCCUUCCGCAUCGAGUGGGUCCACCCGACUCGCUUGAUGUCGUCAGUCCACCUGGUGAGAGGUCUACCGACACUGCGUUUCCCGGUGCGAGAUUGCCAUUGAAGCACCUUGGCAUCUCAACGUCCAUCGCUUCGCCAAACAAUAUGCCCCGCCCAUUUGCAUCUACUAUCAUGAUACCUAUAAUCUUUAAGCCUACCUAUUAGUAUUGUAGAACAGAAAAGAGUUGAGGUAAGACUUUUAGGGUAGCGCGCAAAUCACACGUCUGUUAAAGUGGAGUUAACAUCAGGUGAGGUGAAGG